GCGAAAUGAGGACAAAUCUACCACCUUGAAACUGGCUGAUUUUGGUCUUGCAAAGCAUGUGGUGAGACCUAUAUUUACUGUGUGUGGGACUCCAACUUAUGUAGCUCCUGAAAUCCUCUCUGAGAAAGGUUACGGGCUGGAGGUGGAUAUGUGGGCCGCGGGCGUGAUCCUCUACAUCCUCUUGUGUGGCUUCCCCCCGUUCCGCAGCCCAGAGAGGGACCAGGAAGAGCUCUUUAACAUCAUCCAGCUCGGCCGCUUCGAGUUCCUGGCUCCUUACUGGGACAGUAUCUCUGAUGCUGCCAAAGAUCUGGUGAGCCGGUUGCUGGUGGUAGACCCCAAAAAGCGCUACACGGCCCACCAGGUCCUUCAGCAUCCCUGGCUUGAAGCUGCCGGAAAGACCAGCAGGGCAAACCUACAGAAGGAGGUGCCCCCCAGCAGCGAGGACCACUUCCGGAGCUAGCACACGUGGGCUACAGAGCAGACGUCACAGUCACAACCUCAGCAUCCACCCAGUCCUCCGUGGUCCUGCUUGGGGACAGAGAAGAAGAUAGACAUCGAGGAGAAAAACAAUGAAAAAAGCCUUCUUCACAUAAUUGGAGAAUCAAGCGAAGGAGUGAAGACCCUCAGUAUAUUUUAAAGCAUAUUUAAAAAGAUAAAUUUGAGUCUUAAUGUUAAAUGUUGUAACAUAUGUUUAGGUUUUUAGAUUAGAAGUCUUUAAUACAUUGUGGGAGGUGGGGUGGGGAGACUUAUUCUCAGUGAGGAAUUUUUUGGUAAUAAUGAUUUGUGUUUUGCUUCUUCCUUAUAAUCAAGUUCGUGGUAUAUAUUACACGAGUGGUGCUUACCAGGGUUUAAACUCCCCCCGUGAAAUUAAUCAUCUGAAUCGUAGUCCUUCCUCAUUAAUAAAAUGUGCUCUGGAUAACUGAA